AUGUUGCCUCUUGGUCUCCUUAACGCGGCGCAGGGCCACCCGAUGCUGGUCGAGCUCAAGAACGGGGAGACGCUGAAUGGGCAUUUGGUGCUGUGCGAUACUUGGAUGAAUUUGACGUUGAGGGAGGUGGUGCAGACUAGUCCUGAGGGGGAUAAGUUUGUGAGGUUGCCGGAGGUUUAUGUCAAGGGGAAUAAUAUUAAAUACCUACGAGUUCCGGACGAGAUUAUCGAUAUUGUCAAGGAGCAGCAGCAGUCGGGUGGGGGUGGGUAUAGAGGGGGACGGGGAGGACAUCAGAGAGGGGAUUAUGGUGGGAGGGGUGGGGGUGAUAGAGGGAGGGGUGGGAGAGGGAGAGGUGGGAGGGGUGGGAGAGGUGGGAAUAGGGGUGCGUGA